CUUAUUUUGAAAGGCGACAGACGUCAUCGCGGACUACUCCUUGACGUCGUGUGCCGUCGCCGCUUGACGCUAUGUGGAAAGUAGCAAUGUCGGACGAGGUUGGGAAGGCGCUACAGUCUGUGGUGGAGCGGGUGAACCAGGCGGCUGCACGGCGGCUCAAGACGCUGCCAUCCGUGCCUCCCCGUCUUGUGGCCGUCAGCAAGACCAAACCCCCGGAGAUGGUCGUGAAGGCGUACAUACAGGGGCAGCGUAACUUUGGAGAAAACUACGUUAAUGAACUCGUGGAUAAAGCUUCAGAUCCACUGAUUCUAGAAUCCUGUCCAGAAAUCAAGUGGCACUUCAUCGGCCAUCUACAGAAGAAUAAUGUCAACAAACUUUUGGCGGUGCCAAACCUGUUUCUCGUGGAGACGGUCGACUCUGCGAAGCUGGCCGAUAAGGUCAACAGCUCAUGGCAGAGGAUCAGGGGAGCCAGCACCCAGAGGUUAAAGGUCAUGUUGCAGAUCAACACCAGUGGAGAACAGAGUAAACAUGGCCUCCCACCAGAGGAGACAGUGAAUACAGUGAAGCACAUUGUGUCCCAGUGCUCCGCCCUGCACCUCUCAGGACUCAUGGCCAUCGGGCGCUAUGGCUACAACCUCACCCUGGGCCCCAACCCGGACUUUCAAAUGCUGCUGAGUCGAAGGCAGGAGGUGUGUGACAGUCUGAAGCUGCCUCUGGAGGAGAUGGAACUCAGCAUGGGCAUGUCCACAGACUUUGAGCAUGCGAUCGAGGUGGGCUCCACCAACGUGCGUGUGGGCAGCAUCAUAUUUGGCAACCGGGAUUAUCCCAACAGUGCAGCAAACACUCCAAAUCCCAGUCCAGUACCUAGUCCAGCUCCCAGCCCGGAGAAAACAACCAAGGCGGUGACCGAAGAGGCGGCCAAGAAGAUGCAGCACCUCACCGUGUCCGAGCACUGAGCAGAUUCCACCUCCCGAAACACCUUUUUAAGAAAGUUUCUAAAGAAAAUCCUCUUCACAUGCAGAAGGAUCAGAGCAGUGAAGCCGACAGUUUCCACAGAGCCAUGUGGAGUUAGAUUGCAAAAUUAUUGCAUCAUUUUAAAGUGUAUUUCUGAAUCUUCCUCACUUUUCUGUGCCCUUCUUGCUGUUUUAAGCACUAAAAAGUGGCAUACGCUACAGAACUAGUUUAACAGUUUUUUAAAAGUAGUGUGUUACUAACCUAUAGUGCUCUGACUUCCCCUGUGUGGAAAUCUAUCCUCAAGCCACAAAUCUGAAAACAAGGCGACAGAUGGUAAACAAUGUACUCUUAUGAGUUGUGGGAUAGUGUGGAGAUUUGUCUGUUGUUCUGGUGUGAUAUUUUCUACCUUUCCACCCAACAUGUGACAGUGCUGAAACGUGCUCGGCUUAGUACAUUGUCCCAGAGAUCAGGAACAAUGUACUGUUUUUGUUGUACAGAUGAAACAAAGACUUGCUUUAAUAAAUCAUGUAUCCCUUUAUAAUGACACAUAA